AUGUCAAAUCAAGUAAUCAAAACAUUUAGCAAUCAAUACAAAUUACCAAGAUUACCUAUUCCUUCAUUAGAAGAGAGUACAACAAAAUAUUUAAAUUCACUUAAACCUCUUCUUUCUUCUGAAGAAUUUGAGUAUACUAAACAACAUGUAAAGGAUUUUAUUAAACCUGGUGGACUUGGACAAAAAUUACAUCAGCGAUUAAUUGAUAUUGAUCGAAUUUCUCCAUAUAAUUGGCUUGAUGAUACCUGGUGGAUAAAAAAAGCUUAUCUUGAAUGGAGAGCUCCAGUAAUAAUUAAUUCAAACUGGUAUCUUUUAUUGAUUGAUGAUCCAAAUACUCCAGAAGAAUACUUUACAAAUAAUAAUGAAAUUUGUCUAAAAGGACAAUUUUCUAAAUGGCAAAUCAAAAGAGCUGCUCAUUUAAUUGAAAAAAUGUUAGAAUAUAAAAAUUUAAUUGAUACAGAAAGUAUUCCUCCAGAUAUUACACGUACAUAUCCUUUAUGUAUGCAUCAAUAUACACGUUGUUAUGGUAUUACUCGUAUACCAAAACUUAAUUGUGAUGAAUUAAUAUAUACUCCACAUCCUGCUCCUGCUAAACAUAUUCUUGUUAUUAUAAAAGAUCAGUUUUAUAUUUUGAAUGGUUAUGAUAAAGAUGGACAAAGGUAUACUGAUGGAGAUAUUGAAAUUCAACUUUAUCAAAUAGUUGAUGAUGUUUUAAAAGCACAACUUGAUCCUCCAAUUGGAGUGCUUACAGCUGAUGAUCGUGACUCUUGGGCUAUG